AUGACUGAUGCCGGGUUCUUUAAAGGUACUUCGGCUGAACAAGAUAGUCGAUUUGCAAAUAAACAAAAAAAAUUACUUAAACAAAUGAAAUUUCCUGACAAUAUUGAUGUUAAAAUCGAUAUGUUAAAAGUUAAUUUAGAUGUCUUAAAACCAUGGAUUACAAAACGUUUACAAGAAUUAUUAGGUAUUGAAGAUGAUGUUGUUAUUGAAUUUGUUUUUAAUCAGCUAGAAGAUAAGCAUCCUGAUCCAAAAAUGAUGCAAAUUAAUUUAACCGGUUUUCUUGGUGGAAGCAAAGCUCGAGUAUUUAUUGGAGAACUUUGGAAACUUUUAGCUAGUGCACAAUCAUCACCGGAUGGUAUACCAGCAGAAUGUGUUGAAAUGAAAAAGAGAGAAUUAUUAAAACGACAGGAAGAAGAUAAUCGAUUACGUGAAAUUCGCAAACGUGAAGAAGAUAGCCAUCGACAAGAUAUAAAACCUGAUAUUGAUAAAUUAGAUAAUAAAAUAAAUGGACGCAAUCCAACGGCAUCAUCAAGUAAUAAGUCACGUAAUGAACAUGAUGUUGCUGUUGAAUAUAAAUCACGAUCAUAUCAUAAUGAUGAUCGUCGUGAUCAUGAUCGACGACGUUUAUCACCAAAAAAUCAUCGAAUACGAGAUUCACGUAGUCCAGAUUUAAGAACACGAAAUAAUGAUAAAAAACCGACUCGACCUAUUUCGGAUAUUAGUGAAAAUGAAGAUAAUCAUCAUCGUCAUUAUGAAAAGCCAAAACAAAAUCUUAAAUCAUCAUCAAAUCGAUAUGAACGUCAUCGUUCACGAUCAAAAUCUCCUUUACAUAGUCGAAGUCCAAUAAAAUCAUCACGAAAAAAUGAAAAACAUCAACAACAAUCUUCAUCCGAACUUCAAAAUACAUCAUAUCAAACAACAAAAAAACCAGAAAAAAUUAAACCUAAACCUAAAACUCGUUCAUCCUCUUCCAGUUCAAAUGACAGUCAUUCAUAUCAAAGACACGAUAAAUCAUCACGAAAAAAAGUUAAUGAUAUUUCAAAUGAAUCUAAUGAAAUAAAACGACAAAAAAUAAAUGAAAAUAAUAAUUUAACAAUUGAUAAUCAAGUCAAAAAACAACCCGUGUCUAAAACAAAACGAAAAUCUCUUACACCUUCUCCUCCACGUUCAAAACAAUCAACAAAAACUUCUUCAAAACCAACAUCUAAUAUAGAAAAACCUAAACCAAAAGUAUCACCAAUUAAAGAAACGAAAAAAAAUAAAAAACAAUCAAAACGAGCUCGAUCAUCAUCUAUUAAUUCAUCAUCAAUUUCACGUUCAAUAUCAAAUUCAUCCUUUUCAAGUUUAACAUCAUCAUUAGCAUCCAUAUCUGAAUCAGAGACAAAUAAAAAACCAAAGAAGAAACCACAAUUGACCAAAACUGGUUCAUCAAGUCGAUCACGAUCAUCUUCGCCGAACCGUAAUCGAAAGUUCGACAAAAAGAAAGAUGAUCAUAAAUCAAGAAAACAUAGUACUCAUAAUAGCCUUGAGCUCUAUUGCAAAUGGAAACCCAUCAAUUUAGAUCACCUAGACAAGUCAAUAACAAAAAAGACACAUCGAAAUGAAUCAUCGAAAAAGAAAAAAGAUAAAAAUGAACAUAAAGACAAAACAAAUUCAAAUUCAUAUCAAUCAUCAUCAAAUAAUGAAAUUCCACAAUCAUCAUCACCAAAAAGACCUCGACUUGAAUCUCAAAUUAAAGUACAAACACCACCACCACCAAAAUUACCUGAUGAUAAUAAAUCACAACAAGAAUUAGUUCGUCAACCGUCCACACCAAUUAAACCAAAUCGCACUGAACGAAUUGUUGUAUUAGAAGAGUCUCGAACUGAUAGUAUUGAUUCGAUUUCAGCACGUGUAUCAAUUUCAACAAAAAUAAAUGAUAAUGAAGAACAUCAAAAUAAAAGUCCUAGUGAAGAUGAAAAUGAAAUUGAUUUACGUGAACGUCUUCUACGUGAAAAAGCAAUUAAAUCAAUGAGACGUCGUCAAAAUCUUGCUGCUAAUAAUGAUAAUAAUACGAAUAUAAAUACAAAAACAACUACUGAUCGAAUUGUUUAUGAAACGCAAUAA